AUGGACUCGGCGGUCCAUGCUGCUCAGUUUGCGUACGCGGGCCCACCGAAGAAGAUCGGCUGCGGGAUUCACCACAGUGUCAGCAUCUCCAACCUGGCCUCUCCCGGCGAAUACCUGUAUGAGGAUACCGCUCCGCUGCUCUACGGUUGGGGGCGCAACGUCUACAGCGUAGUGGGCCUGGGGGAGGAGGUCCGUUCUGCGAACGUCCCAAGCCACAUCCGCUGCCCAGACUUCGAGGCGCUGCCAGGUGUCUACGAAGUCGCCUGCGGCCACAGCCACACGCUCUUUUUAAGGAAGACGCAGAAUGGCCUUGGGCCGGGGGGGGACGUCUACGGCUGCGGCCUGGGAAAUCGAGGGCGGCAAGGCUACCGAAACCCGGAUGCAGACGACGAUGAUACGCCCGAGGUGGAAGACAUCUGGUACGUUCCGACCCCCAAGCCCAUUCCGAUCGGGAAGGGUGUCGCCGUAGUGCGCAUUGUCUGUGGUUCGGAUCACAGCAUGGUGCUGGACAUGCAUGGCCUGAUCUACGCGUGGGGCCAGAACGGCAGCGGCCAAUGCGGUGUUGGACGCGUGGGUGACGUUUUGUCUGCAGAGCGAGUGGUGAUGCCCACCAUCAAGGGAGGGCAGGUGUUGGUUGCUCACAUGGCCGCCGGCAGCCAGCAUUCGAUGUUCGUCAGUGCAAAGGAUAGCAAGAUGGGAAGUACCUCAGGUGGGAAGGUCUACGUGUGGGGCUGCAAUGCGGAAGGGCGACUCGGUCUCGGCCACGACGAAGACUCCGUGCUGGUGCCAGUGGUGGUCGAUGCUCUCCAGACAACGAAGGUCGCCCUCUCAGCAGCUGGAGAAGCACACACCGGCGUGGUGGAUAUGAACGGUGGGCUCUGGAUGUGGGGCCUCGGCUCUUACGGCCGCCUGGGCCUGGGAGAGCCCAUUGAUGUGCCGCUGCCUCGGAGGAUACCGAUUCCAGAGGAGCUCCCGGUCAUGCAGCUGGCCCUUGGCAGCUUCCACAGCGUAGCGUUGGUGGGUACCGGUCGAAGCCAAGCUCUUUACACCUGGGGCUACGGCGAAGCUCUUGGCAACAAGGUGGGCGGCGGUGUCUCCCCGACUCCGCUUGUUGUGGGACUGGAAGAACACAGCAGGGCGCAGGUCUUGCAGAUUGCUGCCGGGCCCUACCACACCCUGGUCCUCAUGGAGGAUGGGGAGCUGAUCUCCUUUGGUCAGGGCUCCUCCGGUCGCUUGGGCACAGGGGCUUCCAAGAAUCACAAGUUGCCCGUGAAGCUUCCCGGGGCGCAUGGCUUUGCCACGAAGCUGCGCAACACUGACAGGUCAGCGGAAAAAGCUUCCCAGCCUCGGUCCCCGAGCAAUGCGCAGAAGAGGACCUUGGAAGACCCAGCGGAGCGAUCCAUGAAGCGGACGGCUGGCACAAGCGCCAUUGGCAAUGGAAGGCAAGGUUGGGAGAUCGCCCAGCUCAAGUGUGGCGACAUGUUCACCGCCGCCGUGUCCUGGCAGGGCGCGCUGUACACCUGGGGCUCUGGGGCCCGCGGUCAGCUGGGCACUGGCAGUCUUCAGGACAGCUGGGUGCCGAAGGCGGUCCGUUUUCCAUCGGGUCGGCUGGUUCGGUCCAUCGCCUGUGGGCGAGAGCACUGUGUUGCCAUCACCUACGACGGGAAUGCCUACGCCUGGGGGAAGGGGGACAAGGGACAGCUCGGUGUCGGGCGCAACGAGGACACUGCGGUACCGCGACUCGUCCAGGGCGUCGCUGAUGUCCUCGUCUGUGCGGCGGGAGAGGACCACACGGGAGCCAUCUGUCGCGGCGAGGACGACAACGAACUGUACAUGUGGGGCUCCUCGGAGAUGGGCAAGCUGGGCCUUGGGGCCGCCGGCCUCUCCUCCAGCGACUCGCCGCCGGCGGUCGUCAAGGCAUUUGCGAAGGCAGACAACCCCUAUCGCGUUCCGGUGGCCCUGAGCUGUGGUCAGUACCACACUGCCGUCGUCUGUGCGCUUCGCAGCGACUCCGAGGAAGACAGAAUCGCAGGACGUGUUUGGACCUUCGGGGGCGGCUGGUAUGGCCGGCUCGGGCACAACAAUAUGGAGAACCAGUUUGAGCCCAAGCUCGUGCAGAGUCUGCUGGCCCGCGUGCGCUCGGUACAUUGUGGCGCCUAUCAUACUUGCGCCCUCAGUUACGAGAAGGGGGUCAUCAACGACAACGGGGAGCCCGCUGGCGACCUCUGGGUCUGGGGUCGGGGGCGCUGCAUUGGGGAGCACGAGCACGCGAAGGUGCCAAUCAAAUUCAUGCAGAUCGACGGUCAGCCAAAGGUGACGCUUGUAGCAACCUCUGAUUUGACCAACAUGAUCGUGACAUCCGCAGGCCUGGUUUAUGCCUGGGGCGAUAACCGCAGUGGCCAAAUCGGUCUCGAUGGCGGCCGCAAGGAGUCGCCGCAGCCUGAAAUCAUACGAAACUUGCCUCAACCUCCGAUCCUGAUGUCUGCUGGCCCCGCGCACAUGGUGACGUAUGGCCGGAACAAGGUGAUGAUGGCGUGGGGCAAUCAGAGCUGCGGGCGGUUAGGCCUUCAGGAGAAGAAGAUGGAGAAGGUGAUCUUCAAACCCCGGGUCGUCCGGGCCGAGUGGGCUUCGAUCGAAGCCAUGGGCGGGACGGAGGCGGAGGAAGAAGGAGGAGACAAGAAGAAGGUCACGGCGGCGGCCUUGGCGACGUUGGGUGACGAGUCGAUCUCCAAGGCCUUGGACAGCGAGAGCGCCAUCAGCGAGGGCUCCUCUCACGCGGAGUUCGGCGAGGAAGACGGUGGAGACACCAAAGCCAAUCUGCUCCAUGCCUUCACAUCAGGACAGAAAGUCCAACGCUUCUCGACGAUGCAGACCAUGUUGAAGGAGGAGCCCGACAGCAACAAGAUCGGCAGUCUGCACAAGCACGAGAAGGAGUUGAAGAAGACGGUCGUCAGCGCCGUUCAAGACCUUGUCACGGUGACAGAGAAAGAGAGACGGGUGGCCAUGUUCCAGGAACGCGUCCAGAAGGGAAUCGAUCACCUCAACGGAGUACUGCAGGGACCUGUUCAGCACGAGCGGGAACGAGAUGGACUGGAUGCAGAGCUGAUGCAGAAGCUUCCUGCAUACCAGGAGCUUUUCUCGGUGCUCCAGCUUCAGGUGAGCUACCUGGCGACCUUGUCCAUGACAAUCAAGGACGAGGAAGCCUCAGAGGUCUUUGUGAAGGUGGUCUGUGCUAUCUUCGCCGAUCUUCAUGACGCACGGAUUCGGAACCUGUUCGUGCUGCUGAUGCAGAUGAUGGUUUUCAAGGAGCUCGAACAGUCGAAGCACAUCGACGACGUUUUCCUGCCUGCAAGCCGUACCUUCAAGCUCUUCUCCUUCUUCGCUUUGCAUGAGGUGCACUUCGAUUCGGUCGUCCAGCCGUUGAUGGACUGCCAUCGAAUGGACGAACAGAACCAGCCCCUGACCUUCAUGGGACUGGUCACAUACAAGACGUUCUCCUCGACAGUGUUUCUUGCUGUCUUCUUGUGUGGUAUGGCUGAGCUCAGCUACAACACCGAGAGUGAGGACGAGGAAAUGAUGGAUUUGGCGGGGCUCGCUGCAACGCUCCGCAGCUCCAGCACGACCUGA